AUGGCCGCUGUCCAGGGAGCUAUUUCGAAGCGCCGCAAGUUCGUCGCCGACGGUGUCUUCUAUGCCGAGUUGAACGAGUUCUUCCAGCGCGAGCUGGCUGAGGAGGGCUACUCUGGUGUUGAAGUUCGUGUCACUCCCACCGUCACCGACAUCAUCAUCCGUGCCACCCACACUCAGGAGGUUCUCGGUGAGCAGGGUCGCCGCAUCCGCGAGCUCACCUCCCUCAUCCAGAAGCGCUUCAAGUUCCCCGAGAACUCCGUCUCCCUCUAUGCCGCCAAGGUCCAGAACCGCGGUCUGUCCGCCGUCGCUCAGUGCGAGUCCCUCCGCUACAAGCUCCUCAACGGUCUGGCCGUCCGCAGAGCCUGCUACGGUGUCCUGAGAUUCAUCAUGGAGAGCGGUGCCAAGGGUUGUGAGGUUGUCGUUUCCGGAAAGCUGCGUGCUGCCCGUGCCAAGUCCAUGAAGUUCACGGACGGUUUCAUGAUCCACUCCGGUCAGCCCGCCAAGGAGUUCAUUGACAGCGCUACCCGUCACGUCCUUCUCCGCCAGGGUGUUCUUGGUAUCAAGGUCAAGAUCAUGCGCGGCUCCGACCCCGAGGGCAAGGCCGGUCCUCAGAAGACCCUCCCUGACUCCGUCACCAUCAUCGAGCCCAAGGAGGAGCAGCCCGUCCUGCAGCCCAUGAGCCAGGACUACGGCGCCAAGGCUCUCGCCGCUCAGCAGCUCGCCGAGCAGCAGCGACUUGCUGAGCAGCAGGCCGCUGAAGGCCAGGAGGGUGCCGGUGCGGAGGCUUACGCCCAGGAGUAA